AACAAGAAUUUACACCUACUGUCUGGGUAGCAAUGUAAAGCACAUGCGCAAAUGAUAUGUUGGUGCCGAUAUAAUCAAUAGUUGGUCGAAGCUUUACAUAACAGUAAUUGCUAGUUAAUAUUAUAGACAUUGGAAGUAAACUAAAUACCUGUAUGGGUUAAUUGAGGAAACAGAAAACAAAACAAGGAUUUACCAAAACUGAAAUGCCAGAAUCUUAAUAGCUUUUUGCUAUGAUAUCUCUUAUUCCCGUUCCCAGUGGUGAUACCGUAGAAGGAUGUUAAGAUAUGGGCUUUUCCUACUAGGGCUGAUUUCUGUCACUGCUGCAGACCUCGACCCCUGUCUUGCCGGUAACCAUGUGACUUUCGAUGACCCCACACGCUACACAACUUACGACACCGACCUCUCCUCCGUACGCUGUGACAAUGGUACGGUGAAACAAUGGUACCGGGUUCCGUUUGGAUCCGUGGCAACAACUCCCCCGCCUGUCAACAGAUGUGGUACCACACAGCCUGUGUGGAUCGAACCAACAACAUUACCUUCUACAGGAGAAACCCAGUUGGUAACAAUAUGCCUACGAACAACAUAUGCUACCUGUCCCUCCACUGGAGUUAUAUAUGCAAAGAACUGUGGUUCGUUUUAUGUAUACGAGUUGAGGCCGCUAAAUGCAGUUUUCUGUCCGCUUGCAUACUGCUUAGAAAGGGACUCGAGUCAAACGGUACUACCGUCUGUAUCUACAUCUUUGGUAGAAGGAACUUUUGAGAUCGACAAUGAAGAUUUUCCAAACAAAGAAAUCCUCUUCACUUGUGACCUACAAGGUAACACUGGUGUAACCUUGGAGACGUUAUCUUACGAUGUUGUUUGGUACAUCGACGAUCAGGAAAUUAAACGAAGGACAGACCUCAAUUACUCUGCCAUGUUGAUAGAUGGUGCACUCAGGGAAGGGGAAUGGAGAGAGCAGUAUUCGCUUGGAAUACAGGUGAAGUGUGCUGUUGAAGCAAAGACUGAAGUUUCUACGGGGACUGGCAACUUUGAACAUAGUUCUCCUUUCUACGCUGGAUUCAAAGCGGAGCUUUCGGGAGAUAUUCUCCAGGAAAAUGGAGAGUUAGAACUUACAAUAAAGCUGACUGUCCCUCUAGGAUGUACAUACACAAACAAUUUGGCAACAAAAGCGGUCCAGAAAUUUGAACAGGAUCACUGUCAUAUGAGAAUUCGAGUAGUUUCACCAAAAGACGAGUCCACAGACCAGUGUUCACGAGGUGGUGUUACCAACAAUGCCGUAACGUUUAAGAACAAUGAAUGUGGAGUAUUGAUCUAUCAUACCAGCUGGGAUACAUCAGCCGUGAUGAAGAUACAUGGAGCGCCGGACAAUAUCGUUAACUCAGGACAUCGCAUGGCACUGCUGCAGUUACGAACAGACUCGGUUAUAACACACAAAGUUUGGAGCCAGGUAGUCGGAGAUGAAAUAGAGAUUAACAUCCAUGACGAUGAUAUUAACAUUAUGGGUAAAGUGUGUUACUCUUCGAACGACCCACAUAUGAAAACCUUUGACGGCAAGCAAUACGAAUUACAAGUAACUGGAGAAUACGUCUUGUAUAAGCACGACACUCUGCCCGUUGCGAUUCACGCCUAUUUCCAGCCAUGUGACUAUGGUUUACCCAACGCCAAAUGUAACUGUGGAAUCGCUAUACGUAAUGAUAAUGCAGUCUUCAGGGCCAACUUCUGUAAGCAUUCAAAUGGGUUCAACAGAAUUAUCGAGUACAACGGCUGUGACAAAGAUGCGAUGAAGAUAACGCAUUAUCAAUCCAGUAACCGAUAUGGAUCCGGCUUCCAGAUUACCCUUCCCACGGGGACAUCGGUGACUUUCCACUACGGAUCCUACUCAUCAGCUGUAUUUAUACACUACAUUUUCGUGAAACCCUCGGUUUUGGACUGGAAAGCGUCCGCAGGGUUAUGUGGAUAUAUGGACGGAUCAACAGGAAAUGACUUUAAAAAGACAGACGGAAGUGAAACCUCCAAUGAGUCAGUCUUCGGCACCAGCUGGAAAAUUACAGAGGGAACUUCGCAGUCGUUAUUCAUAAAUCCCCUGGUAACGCAGUCAUCUCCUACAAUGACGGCCCGUGAAUAUUGCACCUGUAAAAACGAAACAAAGUUUGAUGAGCAUGCUUCCUGUUCGGCGUCACCGGCUGAGCCCUGUUCUUCGUCUGACUCCUCUGACACUGCUUCGUAUGGGUACCUUGACACGUGCCGGACAUCAUUUACAAAACGCGAUACGGAUGAAGAGAUGGUGUACUUUCCCUGGUACUCUAAUCUGGGUGGAAACAAUGAUACAGAAAGUGGAGUACCUGAUUGGUCUGGUAAUUGGACGGAGGCAUCAGCCGCAUUAGCUUGUAGGGAAUUCCUCAGGGACAGUCCUCUCAUCCAGAAAUGUGAGGAGGUGAUACCAGGAUUUGACAGCGAAGUUUAUGUCCCCGACUGCACCAAGGACAUCAAGCUCUCAGGAUCGACGUUGUUCAUGGAAUCUACUCUGUCGUUACUGAAGACGGCGUGUAUAGCGGAAGCAGUACGUUUAGAAAACCUUACAAAGAACGAUACCGGAAGUGGCAGCACUAUUCUGGAUGAGAUGUUAGCAUUGAGUUGUUCCAACAACUGCUCCAAUGUUGGGUCCUGUAUCAAUGGUACUUGUCAGUGUGAAAACGGUUAUUCGGGAAAUGAUUGUUCAAUGAGCGGAAACGCCCCACCCAUCCUGUCCCAAGAAACAAAUGUGGGCUUGUGCGAUACAUCGAUAAACGUCUGCUCCAAAUACCUUGUAUCAGGGGAAAACUUUAUGCCGAUGCAACUGACAUGCAGAGCCCAACCGUUCAAGGUCUAUGGUUCGGUCAUUCGAUUGGAAGGGGAGGCUAUGACUUUUUCUGCAACAUACGUCAACUCGUUCACGUGUAUCUGCAAAAUACCAGCUUCCCGGAAACGCCGCUCCACAUAUGCUAGUCUUCCAAGUGGCUACAAGAUCAGCAUGUCCAACGACGGCACGACCUUCAGUACUGAAGUCACAUUCCUUAACUUUGACGCUAAUUGUUACGAGUGUAACACCACUUCUAUGAUGUGUACAGAAAAGACUGGAAGUUGCCAGACCGUGAAUGCAGACCCCGGGCCGUCUGUUAGUGAUGACACCUCAGAAACCGCAAUAGGCGUAGGAGUAGGAGUCGGAAUUGUGAUCCUCCUCGUCGUCAUCAUCGUCGUAUUCCUUUGCAUAUUAAAACAUAAAAACAGGAAAUCAACGGCUGUCGUAUCCCUUUCAAAUCUCAGGAUGGACGACGAGAAAGUUUCGCCUUCUCAACUUUAUUUUCCCUCCCUGAAAGAGUUCCCUGUCGACGAUUCAGCAGAAGUGAUCAUCGGUGUGCACCCGUCGUUCCAAACCUAUUCAAAAGAAAAGACUGAUAUUGUAAUUAACGAUUUAGAAUAGUUCCGACGCGAAAAAAAUAUUUAUCGAAGGCCGCCACUGAGUGUAUUAUUUUUCCAACAUUUUUGAAUCCCGAGGUUUAUAUUCCAACAUUGUAUACAAACAUACAGUAUUUAUAUCUAUUCUUCAAAGUAAAAUGUUUUUAAAGAUUUUGUUCAUGUCUACCACUGUGUCUUUACGCCUAUGAGAAGCAAGGCGACCCCGAUAAUUAAUUAUUUAAAUUAGGCUGUUCUUAGCAGAACAUUCUGACCAUUAGCCUGACAGGUUUUAAGUAUAUGUAGAGGUGAAAUAUAAAUUGCUUUGUUUUUCCGCUCGCUGGCAAAUCUUUAUAUAAAUACAAAAUUAGAUGCGGGUAUCCUCUUUAGGCAAAUGAAACCUGUCACGCAACUCGCUUUUUACCGGUAAAUUUGCAGUUUUUGGAAGAGCUUUAGUCUGUUGAAAAAUACAUAUUUAAACAUAUGUUAUACAUGUACGCCUAAUGUCUAUCGUCCAAUAAUCCAUGCUUAUUAACCAAU